GACGAUGAGAGGCCUCGCGUUCCUUUCGCUCCUCGCGACGGCGGCGGCGGAGAUCACCGUCGACAUGAAGCCCCAGGUCCUCUACGGCGAGCUGUCGGACAAGCUGCGCAUCUCGGGCAAGGGCUUCAAGGAGCUCGGCGACAAGCCAGAGCUCGAGUUCCUCCCCAAGAUGGGCCUCGAGACCUACGAGCUCACGGUCGUCUCCGACGAGGUCAUCUCCCUCGCCCUCAAGCGCGCGGGCGGCGGACCCAAGACGUGGCCCGUGCCGGCCGACCCGGACGCGGGCAGCCAGACCAUCUACCUCCUGAGCCUCAAGAAGCAGGGCUCGACCGAGAACGAACUCGCGGACCCGGUCCCCGUCGCCGAGUCGACGGCCGCGCCGUCCGUCAUGCGCGGCGGCGACAAGGUCAUCUACAUGACGGGCACGAAGAAGUUCAACAUCAACGGCACGGGCUUCCGGGCCAAGGACGUCAAGCUCGCGUUCGACCCGCCGCUCGUCCAGGGCGAGGACUAUAUAUUGGAAGUCCGGUCGUCGACGUUCAUGCAGCUCACGCUCCGCACGGGCAAGAAGUGGCGCUCCGACGGCGAGCCGGGCCCGCUGAAGCUGCGGCGCAUCUCCACGGGCGCGGGCUUCCUGCGCAUCGACGCCAAGUACGGCGGCGUCACCGUCGCCGAGGUCCAGGUCGAUUUGGGCGCGCACGGCGUCCGCGUCGAGACGACGUACAGCGACCAGAAGAUCUACCAGUCCUCCCCCACGGUCAAGGUCUCCGGGUCGGGCUUCAACGAAAGCACGACCCUCAACGCGCUCAAGUGGGGCAACUCGCUCCGGGGCAAGGGCAUCAACUACACGAUCGUCUCGGGAUCGACGAGUUCGCUCGAGCUCCGGCUCGCGGAGUUCUCCAAGUGGCGCUCGAACCCGAAGAACCUGCCGAGCCCGCUGCUGCUCCUGGCGGUGAACGCGGGCGCGGGCCUCGUGCCCGUGGGCCCCACGGAGGCGAAGAAGGGCCGCCGGGUCGCGACCGUCUACGAGGAUCCCGGCGUCCAGUCCGCCAAGGCCUCGGACCUGCCCACGCUCUACCGCACGCACUCCCACGAGCUCUGGGUCCGGGGCCAGGGCUUCACCAAGGGCACGACGGCCCUCACCUUCGAGCCCGCGCUGAAGCUCAACGACGACUACGUGCUCACGGUCUUCAACCGGACGGCGCUGCUCGUGACGCUCCUCGACGGCAAGGCCUGGGCGCCCAAGGCGGGCACGCUCGCCAUCGCCAAGAUCGACACGGGCGCCGGCACCGUCGGCGCGCGCUACGCGCUCACGCGCGGCAAGGACGACCUCGCGAUGAGCGUCCCCGUCGCCUCCGUCGUCGACGACGAGGACGCGCACGCGUCGGGCCUCUACGUCGACCGCACGGCGGGCCAGACCAUCUACCAGAGCGGCGCCGUCAAGCACCUCGCCAUCAACGGCGGCGGCCUCUGCCCUAAAGGCGUGGCCCCGGAGCCCAAGCUCGUCUUCGACCCGCCGCUCCCCGAGAGCGCCUACAGUAUCUUCAAGGCCACGCCCACGGAGAUGCAGCUCGAGCGCGCCCCCGAGGCCAAGUGGCGCGACACCGCCGGCGCCCUCAAGCUCGUCUCCCUGACCUGCGGCGGCCAGGAGACCGUGACGUUCGCCGGCGGCGAGGGCAUCGCCGUCGCGACGAUCCUUGCGAACCCGACGGUGGAGGCGAGCCCGGACCGGUCCGUCUACAGCUCGCUGACGAAGCGGCUGACGAUCCGGGGCACGGGCUUCGCGCUCUACAGCGACGCGUCGCUGACGCUCGAGCCGACGCGCGCGGACGACUACGUCGUCGCGUCCGUGCUGUCCACGUCCGUCGUCCUCGAGCUCAAGGAGGGCAAGUCCUGGGUGCCGCCGGCGUUAGUGGCCGACGGCGCGACGCCCGAGCUCCGCGUCAUCAAGGUGAACACGGGCGCGGGCAUGAUCAACGUCAACGGCCGCGAGGGCGUCGUCGUCGCCAAGGUGCUCAAGGACGCCGACGGCGCGAUCUGCGACGACUCCUGCGACUUCGCCAACGACGGCGUCUGCGACGACGGCACGCUCUCCGGGCUGGACGCGGGCGUCUUCGACCGCGAGUCGCCCUACGGCUACUUCUACGAGGGCGGCUGGUACUACGGCGGCUUCGGCGACUUCGACGACGACUUCCACGAGUACGACGACGACUACUACGGCUACGACCACCUCUACGCCUACGACGACGCUUAUGGGUAUGCCCCCUUCAACGGCGCGUCGAAAGCGACGGUCUGCGAGGUCGGCACGGACUGCACGGACUGCGCGGCGGCCGUCGUCAAGGGCCUGAGCAACGGCCGCUGCGACAACACGUGCGUCUGGGCCCUCGACGGGUCCUGCGACGACGACCGCACGGACGGGCCCUGCGUCGCCGGCACGGACUGCGGCGACUGCGGGCCCAUCGGCGCGUCGAACUUCACGGCGCUCGGCGACGACGACGCGUGGUGGGACGACGACGAGGCGUACUGGGACGACGACUACGAGUGGGACGACGGCUACCGCGAGUGGGCGGACCUCAAGUACGACGACGACGACGCCGCGCCCAUCGCCAUCAUCCGCUCGCUGCCCCACCCGUCCGAGGCCAAGGAGCCGCGCGUCGUCGGCGAGCCCGGCGCCGGCGGCGUCUUCGUCGUCCUCCUCCAGUCCGUCGUCUACCUCACGGGCGCCCUCUUCCUCUGCUCCGGCAUCGCCUACCUCAUCGCCCAGCGCAACGCCGGCAAGGACAUCUGGCAGGCCGUCCCGACGCUCGAACCCACGGACUUCGAGCCGAAGAAGGCCGGCGCGGCCGUCGAGCUCACGCCCGACGUGUCCUACUCCGGCAAGUGAGCGGCGGCCGCGCGCCCGCGCCCGCGCGUCCCUCCCCCCGCCCCCUCCCCGACGCGGCGCGCCUCUCUAAGCGCGUGCCCGGAGCCGCGGUUACUCG